CGGAAGUAGACGCGCAUGCGUGGUUUCCGUUUUCGGUUGCAGUUUGUCCACGCUGGUACCCGGACAUACACACAGGUUUCACAGCUGUCCCACUCUCCAGACGCAGACACGGAGGCCGUAGUGACAGCACUGUGUGUGUUGGCGUGUCUGCUGGCUCCCUCGCUGAGCAGCCCGGAGAUGUGCACGCAGAGCAGGGCCGCGGCUCUGAUGGCCAACGUCCCGCGGGUAGACAUCGACCCGGCCGGCGUGUUCAAGUACGUCCUGAUCCGAGUGCACAGCACGGAGGAGGGAGACGACGCGGAGAUAGAUGUAGUGCGAGGGUACGGCUGGGCAGAGUUCCACGCUGAUAUCUAUGAUAAGGUGUCAGAGGAGCUGGAAAAGGGCGGACACCUGGACUGUGAGUGUAUCGGAGGAGGGAGGAUCAGUCACGACCCCCAGGCCAAGAAGAUCCACGUCUACGGAUACUCCAUAGGAUUUGGACGAGCAAACCACGCUGUAACCACUGAGAAACUGAAGGCUCAGUAUCCAGGCUAUGAGGUGACCUGGGACAAUGAAGGAUACUGAACUGACCCAAGAUCAGCCUCUAUUGGGCUCACUUUGUCCUGGACUGACACGGCACUAAUCUGUAACCCGCUCAUUAAGAACCACACAGAGUCCGAUAAGGUUUUUGACACCACAUUGAUAAUCUGAGACUCACAGACAGCGACGAGUCUGAUUAGGAAUCAAGCCUUUUUUGGGGGGACUCAUUUUUAAGUUACAAUUUGAGUAAAGAUAUAGCAAACAAAUUAGUUUAUCACAUUUUUACUCUACUUGGAUUUAAAAAAACAAUAAUAAUACAAUAUUGUGUUCUUCUAGUGUGAAUAAAUGGGCAUGGCAUACAGUCACUCACCGACUUGUUGUAGAGUCUUACAGCCUCAUAAAUAUAAUCUAAUCACUAAGAUAUGUUGGAACCAUAUAAGCUUUGUGCUGAUGUAUUUUUCAUAAAUGUUUCCUGAAAACUGCCUUUAAAUUGUGUGCAUACUGUGUUCCUUCUGUCGCAGAGCUGAAAAAAUGCUUAUCUUACUGCAGUUGUAUCGCCAGCCAUCGACAGGACUAUAAACUGCUGAAGAAAUUUGAGGCCUUUAUUAGAUCCGGCCAGAUAAGAUCCAAUGAACUUGAUGAUCUUCCAAGAUUAAAUUAUGCUGAAGUAUUUUGAAAUCCUGACCUACUGGUUGCCAAUGAAAGGAUACUAGAUAUACUAUGGAACUAGAAUUACUAAUAUGAAGUAUUUUAAACCUGCAUUUGUAUGCCUCCACGGCGGCAACAGUUAGUUCCAUCAAAAGUGAAAAAAGAUUUGCCUUCCAUCUGUUUUAUUGACGUGGUAAAGUGUUGUUCGUGAGCUACUAAGUCUUUUCUGAAAAUCAGCUGAGUUGCGUUUACGGUAUUGUUACACAGCCUAAAUCUUCAACUACACUGGACGGGACUUUUGAAAUUGUUGUGUAUUGUCAAUUCUCCCAGCCACAAUCAAAAUCAAUCAAAUUGUCAAAUUGUUUUAAUUCAGAUUCCUAGAUGAGUCAAAUACACAAGAUGCACCUGUGAAGCUAGACAGCUGUGGAGAGUGGGUGGGUGUAUUUUGGCACUUCUCGAGCAAGGCUGGAGUUAGUCAUUUUUGAAGUGAUAGUGAUGUUUGGCUGCUUUGAUACAUGCCUUUCUCGGAAAAGAACUACAGAGUUGGCAAAGCUGCACAAAUACUUCAUCACCAACAUAGAAGCUAAUUUUAACACUAAUAUGGUCAUUGAGCUGAUUUAAAAGGGGCUAUGAAAUAUUAUAUAUUGUUUAAUUUGUCUUUCAUCUAGUGUGAAGACGAUGUGAUAAUAUGUGAACACUCCUAAAUAAGAAUAACGCUUUCCUGUUUUGUUUUCUACCAACAUGGCAUGACUAGAGCACUGAGCUAAACUAAGUUCCCUUAAGAAAGACACUUUGCUUUACUUUACUAAAAGUGCCUUUCCAAAACAAAGUGGGAGAAUUU